ACGUUCAAAUUUGGUCACAACUUCUCCCCCAGGAAGUGUAAAAGUGAGUUGGCAUUUCAGCUGGAUUGGUACAUCGUGACCUACUUUAGGACUAAAAAUCUGCUGCCUAUCUGAAUCAUGGAACAAAACUUGGACGUGGACGAGAUCUGGCGAGCAUUGAAGCCUUGGGGCCGCUACCAAGUUAAACAGAUGUGUUUCAUGUGGGCCGCUAUGAUCCCUUGCUCUAUCCAUCUUCUGGCAAUUGUCUUCAUAGGAUUUCAACCUGAGUUUCAAUGUGCCGAUAUAUCACUACCAGAGAAUGACACGUGGAAUGCAUCGGUAUAUCACGUGACAUAUGAUGCGUGUUCAGUGACGAUAUAUUCUAACCAAUCAAAUUCUUCAAGCACCACCACUUCAUGUCCCAAUGGUUACAAAUAUGAUGAACACGAUGAAAUAUCUUUCGUAACUGAGUGGGGAUUUCUCUGUGGCGAGUCGACAAAGGUUGAUAUUGCACAAUCUCUCAUGCUCCUGGGACAAGGACUGGGUGGAUUUUUGUGCACCGGUCUCUCUGAUAAAUUCGGGAGGAAAAGGGUCCACAUCGCUUCCCAUAUCGCCAUCUUCAUUCUGUGUUUGACCACAUCUUUCAUCCCAUCGUACGUGGGAUUUGUCAUCCUCAGAUUCUUCACAGGAGUCGUUGUUGAGGGACUGUUGUUGUCCAGUGUUACCCAGUAUGUGGAGACACUUCCGGAGGAGUGGCGAUUCUGCGCAGAAGUGAUGGGUUUAGUUUGGUGGACCACGGGUAUCGUGCUUCUGACGCCCUUAGCCUUACUUAUGCAGAACUACUCUUGGAGAUACUUACAGCUUCUUUUGUCUUUGUUGUCUGUGUAUAGCCUUGCAGAAUACUGGCUAUUUGAUGAAUCCUUAAGAUGGCUUAUGGCAAAUGGUCGUUUGGAAGAGGCAGAGAGAGUAGUUCGAAAGGCUGCAAAAAUGAACAAAAAGACAUUUGAUACAGUCAUUAGUGACGUCAAAAAGAAAAUGGCAGCAUUGGAAACACUGGACGGUGGUCAAGAGAAAACUGAAAUCCCAUUUACAGAGCCAGAUGUGGUCAUUGUUGCUUACAAUCCGAGGAAUACGGACGUGAAAAAAUACUCAAUGUUAACCAUUUUGAAAGAUCGAAUGGUUCUGACUAAUUCUGUCAUCAUCUGGUUCAUUUGGGUGACGAACAGCCUCACGUAUUACGGACUGAACCUAAUCUCCACUACUUUGUAUGGGAACCGCUUCCUCAACUUUUUCUUUCUUGGUGCUAUUGAAUACUUGUCCGCUCUUGCCGAAUUUUCUCUGUUAAACAGAAUUGGUCGAAGAAAAACUCUUUUCUUUCUUCUUGGGACUGCGGGAGUGUCCCUUCUAGUAGCCACUAUAAUGUCCAUGUUCAUAGGUGAUAACUCUGCAUUAGGUCAUCUUUCCACGUUCUUGGUUUUGGUAGGAAAGUUUGGAAUCACGGGAUCGUUCAGUUCCGUCUUUUUGUACACAUCUGAACUGUAUCCCACUAAUCUGAGGAAUGCUGGAUACGGGUACGCCUCUGUUUUUGCCAGAAUUGGUGGGGUAUUGGCUCCGUUCUCUAGUACUUUUUACAAUUACGUAUCGUGGGGACCCGGUGUGGUAUUCAGUGUGAUGUGUUUCAUAUCCGCCCUAUUGAUCUCCUACUUACCGGAAACACGUGGUCGAGAACUUCCGACGACCAUAGAAGAAUUGAGAGCUUGGUACAAAACACACAGCGGAUUCCGCAGACCGAGGUCAGCGCCAAAAGAAGUCAAUGACAAGACAUGAUACUAAACCAACAAUGUAACUCGUGAAAUAAAAUAAAUCACAGGAACAAUUUUAA